UCUGCACCAGAUGACCACUUGUGGAGUCCGAACAAGGCUCUGACUUUGUCUCCUUUGUCUGCACGCGCUGCGGUAUGAAAGCGGAACUCCCUCCAUGUGGAAUUAUUACUGAUGCUGUUUUGCACGCGCUUUCCCGUUAAACGGUGCCUGUGAAGUCCCGGGCCAGGGACAGAGUGAUGUCCAUAGUGCCGGUGAGUUGGCGUGGAACAUGGCGAAGCGCGCGCUCUCUCACCUCGCUCUAUGGAAGGCGGGCGCGCUCUCGCUGCUGCUGCUGUGCGCUCGCGCCGCGUGUCCUGAGCUCUGCGAGUGUCCGCGCGCGCAACACGUCCUCUGCGCGAACCGCGGCCUGCGCGCUGUGCCCGAGAGCAGCCGGCCCGUGCGCGUGCUCGGACUCGCGGGCAACUUUAUCGGUAACGUGAGCGCGCUCGCUUUGGCACGCUACGGCCACCUGACGCGGCUCGACCUGCAGUUUAACCAGAUCCGGCGCGUGCACCCGAAGGCGUUCGAAACGCUCCUGGAGCUCGAGGAGCUGUAUCUGGGACACAAUCUGAUCUCGACACUGCACCCCGGGACUUUGGGGCCGCUACAGAAGCUCACCGUGCUGUUCAGUAACGAUAAUGACCUCCGCGAGCUGACAGGAGACACGUUCGGGAAGCUGGGGAGUUUGGUCCGGUUAAGGCUGGAUAAGAACGCCAUAGAGCUGCUGAGCGAGUCCGUGUUUCAACACGUCUCCAGUCUGAUGUUCCUGCACCUGGAAUCUAACCAGCUCCGUCAUAUUCACCAUAGAGCUUUCUACAGUCUGACUAAACUCCAGUUUCUCAACCUGUCAGACAAUAAGCAGACGCAGCUGCGCCACAGGACCCUGUUCUCCCAGCUCAGGUCUUUACUCACACUGCUGCUCUCACGAAACCAGAUCACGCACAUCGGCAGUCACGUGUUCCAGAACCUGAAAAAGCUCACCAAGCUGUCGCUGAGCACCAACAACAUUCUCAGGCUGGAGAACGAUACGCUGAAGGGGCUCGUGCGCCUCCAGGAGCUUGCAAUCGACGGCAACAAGCUAACGGAGAUCCAGGCAGGUGUGCUGGAGCCGCUCACGCGUGUUGAACGGAUCGAUCUCAGUGACAAUCGGAUCGCACAUAUCGAUCCCGCCGCGUUCGCCCGCCUCGCCCGUCUCAGGGUGCUGGAUCUCAGCAACAACCGGCUCAGGAGGAUCUCCGGUGGUGCGUUCGCCUCAAACGCCGCGCUCUUCCAGCUGGAGCUGAGCGGUAACCAGUGGAAAUGUGACUGUCAGAUGGAGAAGUUGAAGGACUGGAUGGCGGAGACGCGUGCCCGUGGAAAGUUACUCACAGCGCUCGUGCGAUGCGAUCGCCCACCUGCGCUCGAGGGGAAAUAUCUGGAGCAUGUGAACGGCACGGAGCUGCUUAACGGAAGCGGUUACUGCCGAGCGGAUGACGAGGAAGACAUGAUGGAGGCGCAGGAACCGCCAGGUGUAACGGAGGACAUGCUGAAGAGAGGGGGAGAUAAAGAAACGGCUCGGGAUGCUCAGGGAAGUCACAAGAACCUGACGGUGAAGAGGAAGAUGGAAGUGAAGCUCAGACCUGCACCGAGUGCUUCUGCGAAAGUGAGCUCCUCCUCGGCUCUUCUUGGAACACUGACAACCAAAACGUUCCCUUCAACGGAGGAGAACAUCAGCACGUGGGAGCUGAGUGAUGCACCGCAGAACCACGUGGAGCAUCACGCAGCCGUACGUGUGGCGGUGACGGACGCAUGUCAGUUCAACCGCCGGUACAUCGUGAACGUGGGCGUGCACAACGUGAGCUUCGACUCGAGCACGGUGUCGUGGAGCACGCCCGCGGACGCGCACACUGCCCAGGCCCAUGCGCUGAUGUUCCGCAUCCUGUUCGACCGCUUUGGACACUCUGUGCGUUUCCCGCGCUAUGUUUACACCGAUGGCUCCGCUCGAGCGGUGACACUGCGGGAGCUCCGCCCGGACUCCACCUACAUCACCUGCGUGGAAAGCGUGGUCGGCGGGGCUUUGUGCCAGGUGGCUCCGCGAGAUCACUGCGCGGGUUUCGUCACCACGUCGCCGGAAAGCGUCGUCGAGCUUCAGCACGUGACCGCGGCGGUGCUGGCGGUCAACGCGCUGCUGAUCCUGUCGGUGGGCGGGGUCUGGCUCUGGCGCGUUCUCAGGAGGAGGAUCAAAACCCGGAAGUCGUCCGCACACACUCAUGUGCGUCACAUGUACUCCACGCGGAGGCCCUUCCGGUCUGCCAUGGCAGCCACCUGUGUCUCGUCUGAGUUCAGUGGGUAUCAGAGCGGGCGCCCGCUGGCUGAGGAAGGGGAUCUGAUCCAGUUUCCGGUUGACCGCUUUUAUGACAGCAGAGAUGAUAAUUCCGUCAUACCGAGGAUAUCCGACUAAAUCCGAGCUUCUCACCUGCAUUGCCGAGUGAAGUGUGUGUGUGUGUGUGUGUGUGUGUGUGUGUUAAAUAUUUAUACAGGGCAAAUAUUUCUGCUCAUGCGCCUAUAUCCAUGUGUGACAAAGAUUUAAAAAACAACAUGUUCUUGCUGUGCUGUAUGAAUAUGGAAUUAUUACACAACUUUGAACAGUUAUCAAUAAAUAUUCAUCUGUCAGACUUUACUCAGACUGUUACACCCUGCUAACGUGGACCAUACAGAUGCUUCCAGAUGUUUGCUUGCCUUUGUACUGUUUCGCAUAAGAGUAAUCCAGGUAUACAUCCAUGCGUUAUUAUUGGAAAUCAAUGGAAUUUCAUACACAUGUGACUUGAUUUCAGGAAAAGACACACGGUUUGUUCGUUAAGUUUGUUCGUGUGCCUGUCGUUAAUCAAUAAACAGGAGGAAAUAUACCAACAGUCAGCACGCGUGUGUGUGUGUGUGUGUAUUGAGAAAGAUGCUGAUGAAUGAUACUAUAAAUGAUGAUUAAUAAGGGACACACUACUGUACAGUAUACUACACCAUGCAGAAAAUAAGCUCUGCCUUUAUAUAAAAUAUAUGCAUUUAUUUGUUUGUUUGUUUGUUUAUCAUCGGCGGUGUUGUCUUACACAAAAAAAUAUAAUUUAGUUGCAAUCUCUUUUUACAUGUUUAUUCAGGUUUGGAUGAU